AAAGAUAGGCACAACUUGGCUCUUUCAAAUACCCCUUUUUUCCCUGGGUUCUGGCCUGUUACGCUUUCCCAAAAUCGCCCACAGACCUCUUUGCCUAGCCACAUCAUGGGCGAAGACAUUCCAACCAACUUACAUCCAUUCCUCGCCGAGUUCUUCAAGAACUAUAUCACCGUGGGCAUGAUAAAUGACCGUGGCCUCACCGGGCUGACGUGUUAUUGCCUUCGACAAAAAGACGCCGCAUCAGUAUCAGCUGACGAGAUCCACAAAUUACGUCAAAAGCUGCUCGCUGUCAAGAUACCGAAAGUAGCGAGCGAUGGCAACCGCAAAAUGAUCGCGAACGAAGUACGAAGUCUCGAAGCCGUCCGCGCAAGCUUCGAAAGUUUGCCGGGUGAUGCGAGUGCACGGAGGAACUUUCUCCCCACUGUGGAUUUCGAGAAGAGCUCAUCGAAGGAGGACGACGCCAAUUCCAAAGUAUCGUGGUUCGUCAUGGGGACCGUCGAGCCGAGUAUUACGUUGACGAACUUCUUCACCGAGCUCAAGAAGGUUGCGGACGAUGCGAUGCUUGAAUAUUUCCGGGCCCACGUCUUCCUCGAAAGCCUCCACAUGCUGGAGCACCUCCACAACACUUGUGGCGUAGCCCAUGGCGACUUUUACCAGAAUAAUCUCCUCGUGGAAAUCCCCCCGAAGGAGGCAUCAGACCGACGGCAUUCCUUUCCGCCUAUUCGCGUAAUCGAUUUUGAUAGAGCUGUAUACGGGAACGGGAAUGAAGAGGCCAAAGCGAGCGCCCUUCGUCGUGAUUUGACGGGAAUGUUCAAGGCGGUGAACGACCUAUUGCCGCCGAAAGAGGAGCUUGCCUAUGCAAGGGCUCAAGACGGGCGGAGCGAACGACUCAGACGCUGGGACAACGAGCUUCAGGUUUAUAAUUCCAUAGUAGCUGAGGUCCCCAGUGUAGUCAAGACUGGCAUAGCGGAAGUGCGGGACGCGCUCGAAGCGAUCGCGAUAGGAGUAAGGGAGGAAGCCGGCGCCGAUUGCGUGAGGAAAUUCUACGAUGCCGCUGAUAGGAUAGCUGAAAUGGGCGUCACGGUCGCGAAUAAGCGUCUGAGGCAUGCGGUGGAGGAAUGUCAGUCUUGAUGAGACGUGCAUAGAUUUGGAAGGGCAUCGACUGGUUUUGAACGGAAAUUUCAAUCAUUGCUCCGUAGAUAAUCAGU